AUGGAGUUGCUGGCGCCGCUUCAGUAUACAUUGAAAAACGAAAAACAGAAAUUUAAGAUUUUGAUGCCAAUGAACAAUAGAUUGUAUAGUUUGACUGAGAAUUACGCGAGAUCGAAUGCCUGUGGAAGGUUAAUAAAUGGAAUGACUGAGAUUCCUAUGGCUGUGCUUUUGGCAAGUGUCGAAUUUUAUUGUUCUCCGUGGCAGGAUUUGAAUAAUUAUCAAGUGGUCAUAUCUUCUUCAGAUGAUAAUAAAUUUUAUGCUCAUCCCCCCCUGCAACCUCCGGUGGAUGCUUUACGAA